AUGUGCUCCCGCAAUUGUCGUAUCCUGUACACACUUAUUCUUUAUAUUUUUAAUAUUUUGUAGUGAUGAUUGCUUUCAUAGCGACUCGACUUCUCUGUGGCCUAGUAUUCACACUAGAUCCAUGUGGUAAUAACCAUCUGUAUACUCCUGCUACACUUAAAAGUCCUGUUUAUCACAGUUUUUACUCUAUAGACUGCAACUGGAUUAUUUCUGCCACCAAUGGAUCAAGGAUUCUGUUAACGUUUUCAUAUUUUUCGUCGCAAAGUCAGUCACGUUGUGAUUAUAAUUAUUUGGACGUUUAUGAUGGUGGCUCCUCGUAUGCACAAAAACUUGGACGAUAUUGUGGAGACGAAUCAAAACUAAGUCUGACAUCAUCUGGAUCCCACCUCUUUAUUGCAUUCCACUCGGAUGGUAUUAUACCAAAAUUUUUUUUGAAUUUCUCAAAUACAGUUGGUAAGUUUUACUUACAAAUUUAACGCUAAUGGCGAACAUUGAAAACGCAUACAUGUAUAAACUGUCUGAUUUU